CGACAACACAUGGCCAGUAGACAGUAGUAUUCGUUUUGACGCGGUCGUAAGUACAUUCGUGCACUCCGUCCAUUCUUUAAAAAUACUCGUACUUCUUCGUAUCCGGAGUUCCAGAAUUUUGAAAUAAAAGAGACAAUGGCACCCAAAAUCAUGUUGCUGAUCACCUUGUCGGUUGCGUCCGCAGUGCUAGUCUCCGCCGCUUCUCCGCCGUUCCAAGAACGCAAAGCCAUAGUUGUUCUCAAGGGACCCGGCCAGGUGAGCGGUAACGUGACAUUUAUCCAGUCUAAUCGCGGUGGCCCGGUCGCGAUAAGCGGAGUGGUGUCCGGUCUUACCGAAGGACCGCACGGUUUCCACGUUCACGAAAAGGGAGACGUGACCAACGGAUGCAUAUCCACUGGAUCGCACUUCAACCCACAAGGGAACAAACACGGCGGCCCCAACGACGAAACCAGACACGCCGGUGACUUGGGCAACAUCCAAGCCGACAACACUGGGGUGGCACAAUUCUCUUUCUCGGACCCGCUCAUCUCGCUGGUCGGUGCCCACAACAUCCUUGGUCGCGCUGUAGUCGUGCACGCUGACACCGACGACAUGGGCCGCGGAGGAUUCACCGACAGCCUGACCACCGGACACGCCGGUUCCAGGGUGGCAUGCGGAGUCAUCGGAAUCCUUGAUCCAGUUACGCCGUGGGACAAAUCGGCGGGUCACCGAAGUCAGAGCACAUCACACAUCAUGUUACUGACUGCCGUGGCAGCGAUAGCAUCCAAGUUAGCCGCCAACUCGUUCUAAUUUUCUAAACGUCUCCGUCAUCGAUAUGCCCUGUCCACCUGCAUCUCUACCGGCACGCCACCGCCGUCACAAAAACCUUCUGUUAUGAUUUUUUUUUUUAACCAUUAUUAUCAUUAAGAUUUAAGACCUCACUGAUCCCCUCAUCACCAAAACAAAUUCUAGUUUCGUCUAAGGAAUUACUUGGGCAAUGCAUCACACUUGUCGAACUUUAUCCACAUACCUACGUUAAUACAAUACACAAACGACCAACAUAAGUACAUAGGUCCUUGGUAGUUGGUAGAUAUUAUGUAAUGCGAUAUUUUAAUGGUAUAAUAUCACGUUGCAAUAUUUAUAACAAAGGUGACUUUAAUAUUAUAUAACAUUUUUUUUUUUUUUUUGAAAAUCGUUAAAAGACACUUUAGAAGUUUAGAAUAUACAUAGAAAUUGAUGUAGCACGUGCGGUAACGUCUAUUAUAUUAUUAUUAUUAUUAUUAUUUAUAUUAGUUAUUAUUAUUUUUUUAAUUAACAUUACUUUAUUAUUAUAAUAACCUAUUACUUUUAGCGCUGAACAAAAAUUAUUAUAAAAUAUUGAACUGUACAUAUAUAUUAUAUAUAUUAAUAUACAUUUAAAUCGUGUUCUCGCUUAUUUUAUUAGUCGACAUAGAUUUUUUUUUUGUACUUACAAAUAAUUUAUUAACUAAACGUUUGUCACCGCGCAUAUAAUCGUAAUAAAACGAUAUUUGGGAACUAACUAUUUAAUAAUAUUAUACAUAUAAAUAAUUAAUAUUACAGAUAUUUUAAGAUUUGUAUGCAAGAAACUAUUGUACUUAAAACAUAAUAAUAUAUUAUAUACGCCUAUUCGUUAAGCCCGUGUACUCGUUAUUGUUUUAUAUACCGAAAAAAAUACAUCUAAUACGCGAAGAUCCUUGUCGGGCAUAAUACCACUCAUUACGAGCUCAAUAUUACCAAAAUUGUUUUUUCCUUUCUAUAUUAUAUUAUAUUAUGUUUAUAUGUCUUUAUAAAUUAUAUUAUGUAUAAGAAUUAUUUUAUUAUUAUCAUCGCGACAGUUAUGUUAUUCACGUAGGUUCGUAGGUAAGACACUAUAUAUUAUAAUAUUAUAUAUCUUCCAUAAUAUAUAGAUACCUAUAUAUGUAUGAGCUAUUUAGAUAUACGGUAUUUUCAUAUUUAUAUAAAUGUAGGUACACUCUAACCAUUUAAGACAUUUUAGUCAAGUAUAAAAAUAAAAUAUUAAAAUAAUA